CUAAAUCUAUGUUUUAUUGACUGACAUUGACAUUUCACACUGACAUUUGUCGACUUGUCAAAUAUGAGACGAACUGAAAUAUUAAUAAUUUAUAAUUUAACUCAAUAGUUUUUAAUUACAAUUGGAAUUUAUAUUAUAAAAACAAAAGAACAUGGAUACUAAAAUACGCGCGAUGAAUAAAAGUUCACUUAAGCUUAGGAAUCUACGAUUAAGCUUAAAAUACAGGCCUGAAAUUUUAAAGCUAAUUUUAAAAAUGCGUCAAUGUUUAAGGAAAAAGAAUUCUAUAAUCACACGAUUAAGAAAGCAACUAAAUUUAUUGAUUAAUAGUGAAGUGAAAUCAUCUUUUGUGCAAACUGAUAAUACAAUUCCUGAAUUCAAUAAAGGGAAGUCAGAUCCAACACCUGAAAAUGACAAUGAUAAAAUAUUGUCCGAUGUUAGUACACAGACUAGCAAACUUCAAAUUAGUGAUGAUAAUACAAAAGAAGAUUUGAAUUCUGAAGAAAACAUAGAAUCAAAAGUAUCUGAAUGGAAAUUACAAGAUGAAGAAGAUGAUAAUGGGAAAAGUAUAACAGAACAAGUGAAAGAAGUUGCACAAUCUGCUUUAAAUGAAAGUGGAAUGGUAUAUGUAGAGUCAGCUGGAAUGUACUAUGAUUACAAGACAGGGUACUAUUAUAAUUCUGAGCUUGGCUUGUAUUAUCACACAGACACUGGCUGUUACUACUAUUAUUCUGAUGAAAAGAAAAAUUUCGUAUUUCAUUCAUACCCUGAUAGAAGUGCUGAAAUUGAAAAUGCUCCUUUAUUAAAGCAUGUAUUAAAGAAAGCUAAAAAGCAUAAAAAGGAAAUGAGAUCAAAUAUUGAUAACCUGACGAAAAAAUUCUCUCAGGACAAAGAAGAUGAAGUCAGCAAGCCGAAAAGAAAGAAGAUUUUGAGAAGAAAGAAGAAAGUGGACAUUAAUAAAGAUGUUGAGAAAUGUGAAACAAAUACUGAAAAUAUAGAGAAUGAAAACAUGCAAGUUGAUGGUUCUGCUGAAGAUUCACAGAAAGAAGUUAAAGAUAAUGAAUUAGAAGAUGGUGAAUGCAGUGAAACGGAUUGUGAAGAGCUUAGUGAGGUUGAAGAUGAUGUAGAAUCAAUCAUUAGUUCAUCAACUGCUACUGAUGAUGAUGGUGACUCGGUAGCAAAGCAUCAUCCACCCUGUAUGCGCAUAAUAGUGCGGGAAACUAAUGUAGAGAAAUUGAAAAUUGGCAGUUUGUUUGUUAUUACAAAAGAUGGUGGCUCAAUAGGCAGAGAGGGUGAACAACAUGCAAUUGUAAUCAAAGAUAAUAAUGUAUCAAGGAAACAUUUAGAUAUAAGAUACAAUUUUGAGAGAAAGCAUUAUAUGGCAACGGACUUGGGCUCCAAAAAUGGAACAAUAUUGAACGGGAAUCGAAUGUCGGAAAGUCAAGAUAUUAGCAUACCAAUGGAGAAAAUCGACUUUAUAGCUGAAGACAAAGAUCGUAAAGUGGCUUACACGCGUACCUGCAGUGUACAAAAACAGCACCAGCUGGAGCUGGCGCGGCUGAAGAACAAGUACUCGAAGCCGCCGCUGGCCAUAGAGAGCGAGGCGUACAACGAUCGUGCGCAGGCGCGUCGCGAUACUGUCGGCUAUCAACUCGCUUGA